UUUGAUGCGUCUUCUGCAGUAGAAGAGUCAGCUCUGUUGGUUCAGUGAUUACCACACUAUGUAUCCUGUGGUAAACUAACCAGCCACUCCAGUACAGGCUGUUGAAGAAACGUUUGUUCUAUUUUGGGACAUGCUUAGUCAUCCCUGUUUUGGCCUCUUAACAGGUUACAGGCAUUACUUGUUUUUCUUUCCUAGUAAAGCUGAUGAAUAAGUUAAUCAGAAGGCCAGUUUCUGAGAAAAAGUAAAAUGCUUUCUAUGGGGACUUCAGCUUCUGAUGCCAAGACUCUUUUGAAGACUUACUUUGUUGCUUGGCUUAAAGGAAGAUGAUGUUGUUAAUGAAUUCUGAGCAUCCUUCAGGACGCUGGUGAUCCUUCUAUUGUUGGUGAAUGCUGUCAUGGACAACUUUCAAAGGCUCUUUUCCAAAACACCACAAGCAGUUAAUGCACCUUAUAAAGGACUCCUGACCUUUCGCAUCUUCCCAAGUCAGAUCUAGAUGUCACCAGUGUUUCCCAUGUUAACAGUUCUGAGCAUGUUUUACUAUAUGUGCCUUCGGCGCCGAGCUCGGACAGCGACUAGAGGAGAAAUGAACAGCCGAAGGGCUAUUGAAUCAAACACCCGAGCCUUACCUAUCAAUGUUGAACUAGUUCAGUACGCCAAAGAAGUGUUGGAUUUCAGCUCUCACUAUGGUAGUGAAAACAGCAUGUCGUAUACCAUGUGGAAUUUAGCAGGUAUUCCUAAUGUGUACCCUAGUUCUGGUGACUUUACUCAGACUGCUGUCUUUCGAACUUACGGAACCUGGUGGGAUCAUUGCCCUAGUGCUCGGCUGCCAUUCAAGAGGACACCACCAACCUUCUGUAGCCAGGAUUAUGUGGAACUUGCUUUUGAGGAACCAGUUUAUCCCACUGCAGUGCACAUUCUGGAAACAUAUCAUCCUGGAGCUGUAGUCAGGAUUUUGGCAUGCUCUGCAAACCCUUACUCACAAAAUCUGCCAGCUGAAGUAAGAUGGGAGAUCCUUUGGUCCGAGGCACCUACAAAGGUGAAUGGUCCUCAGGCACGGCAGUUCACACCUUGUAUCAAACAGAUAAACUUUCCCACAAACUUAAUCCGACUGGAAGUGAACAGCUCUCUUCUGGACUAUUACACUGAAUUGGAUGCAGUAGUACUACAUGGUGUGAAAGAGAGACCUGUGCUUUCACUUAAGACUUCAAUGAUUGAUAUGAAUGAUAUAGAUGAUGAGGAGGAUGAAGAAAAGUAUGGCUGUGGAAUGGACACCCUGAAUAAACAGUUCAGCAUUGUUACCCUCAGGGAAUGGCCAACUAACGGAUAUUUUGAUAAACUGCCUUAUGAGCUCAUCCAGUUGAUUUUGAGUCAUCUUACAGUACCAGACCUGUGUAGACUAGCGCAAACUUGUAAGCUACUAUAUCAACAUUGCUGUGAUCCUCUACAGUACAUUCAUCUCAGUUUACAACCUUACUGGGCAAGGAUUAAUGACACAUCUCUGGAAUACCUGCAGUCUCGUUGCACUCUCAUCCAAUGGCUGAAUUUAUCUUGGACUGGGAACAGGGGAGCCAUCUCUGUUUCUGGAUUUAGCAGGUUCUUGAAAGUUUGUGGCUCUGAACUAAUACGUCUUGAGCUGUCCUGUGGCCAUUUCCUCAAUGAAACAUGCUUGGAGGUCAUUACUGAAAUGUGUCCCAAUCUUCAGGAAUUAAAUCUCUCAUCAUGUGAUAAAAUACCACCUCAGGCUUUCAACCACAUAGCCAAAGUGGGCAGCCUAAAGCGUCUCAUUCUCUAUCGAACAAAGGUGGAGCAAACAGCCCUGCUCAGUAUUCUGAACUUCUGCUCAGAAUUGCAGCACCUCAGCCUGGGCAGCUGCGUCAUGAUUGAAGACUAUGAUCUUAUAGCAAGCAUGAUGGGAGCAAAAUGCAAAAAGCUUCGUAGUCUGGAUUUGUGGAGAUGUAAAAACAUAACUGAAAGUGGAAUAGCAGAAUUGGCGUCAGGUUGCCAGCUUUUGGAGGAACUUGAUCUUGGCUGGUGCCCUACAUUACAGAGCAGUACAGGCUGUUUCACAAACCUUGCACGUAAACUCCCAAACCUGCAAAAGCUCUUUCUUACAGCCAACAGGUCUGUGUGUGACACAGACAUUGAGGAACUUGCUGCUAACUGUACGCAUUUACGGCAGCUGGAUAUAUUAGGGACAAGGAUGGUAAGCCCUGCAUCUUUAAGAAAAUUGCUGGAGUCUUGUAAAGAUCUUUCUUUACUCGAUGUGUCGUUCUGUUCGCAGAUUGACAAUAGAGUUGUCCUAGAACUGAAUGCCAACUUUCCUAAUGUGUUCAUAAAAAAGAGUUUCACUCAGUGACUCACUACUUAAGCUGCUGUGAAAUGCAUUUGACAGAGCUGUUUCCUGUGAAUUUGUGCUGACUUUUUUUAAGAAGACUAUAAAUCUGCUAUGAAAUAGUGGAAAGUAUUAAUUAUCUAAAAAAAAAAAAUAAAUGGGUAAAAUACAUAUUAAGUAAAUUGUGCGUUUCUUAAAGAGUUGAUAUUGCACCUAAGAAUUGUUUAACUCUGUAUUAAUUGGUGGCACUGCAUGUUUUUAAAUACCAGCCAUCUGUGUGGCUUUAAUGAGAAGGAAAUUAAUAAUGUUGUCUUAAAUGUCCCUUUAUAGAGUGUUACACACAAUAAAUUCUGUUUAUAUCUGGAUGGAAGCAGAAUUUCAAUAUUUAGCAGUAAGAAAAAAUGGGUGCUUCCUUUUUAUGUAUAAGUGUUUGUAUGUGUAUAUAUGAAUGUUUACAAAUGUAUUUGUAUAUACAUAGAUACUGUAGCAUUCUCGCUUAGUCUGCAGCAUAAGAUGUUAUGAUCUGGCCUAUAGUUAGUUGUUUGAAAACCUAUUUAUGAUUAUAAGAAUGGAUUGAAAAGGCACUUUGUCGUCUUCGGAUUUUUGGCAAUGAAUUGCAUCUGAUACGUUUUUCUCCCUUCCUUCACCUGAAAUAGAUGUUGUGAUGCUUUACAGUCCAGCCUAAGUGACACAACCAAUAAAUGAAAGAGUCUUCCACCUAACUUAGAGCAGAAUCAAAAGGGAAAAUUGCCAGAUGCUUCUUGGUAUUGGAUAUAAAGUUGGAGCCAGGUACUUAGUGUCAUAACUGGUAAUGUGUAGAAAACUCCAGAGCAAUUUUUGUUUCAAAUUUCUGUCACGGUCAAGACUUGAUUUGUGGCACAUCUGGUUAUCAUGCAGAGUACCAUGAAAAAUAGGGUAAUGCAUUACACUGGCAUCAAAUCUAUUGUCAAGUGUAAAACCAAACAUCUUUGUUCAGUAAAACAUCAGUGAAAAUAUAGUAUAGUGGGUUUGAAACAAGGGCAAUGUGAUUUGGUGAUUAAUAAUCACCAAACAUUAGCAUUGGAUUUGGUUUGGUUUUGGAUUUUUUUAGUUUGGUUUUCCAAGAGGUGAUCAGUCAAAGUACUAUUGCACUCUCUUUAGCACUGUUCAGCCUCUGAAGACGGAAAACUGUCAAUGGACAAAUUCUGAAGGUUUCUUCCUUUUGCACUUUCUUUGAUGAGGAUUUUCUCCUUUUUUUUCCUUUUUUUUUUUUUUCUUCCUUGAGUAAAACUGCUACAAUAUGUUGCUAUGUACAGCUUGAGUUUAGAAUUUUAUCUUUAUAGCUACUGUUGGUGAAUAUGGACCAUGAAAUAUAGCUUGUCAUUUGAUAUUAAUUCCACUAUUCUUGUAUUGAUGGCACUUAUUACCUACUGGAAUAAUAAGAAAAUUAUUUUGUCUGACAAAAGAACAUUAUUGCACUGAAGAUCACUGGCAAAGAAUACUUCAGUUUAUGCAGUAAAUAGCUGACUGCUACUAGAGGACUGCUAUGAAUCACUGAAGAUUUGACAAUCUCCAUGACUCCUGAAUGAACGCUUUGAACUCUUUGUGCUGGUGCCAAUACUUUAUAAACCAUGUCAUGAAACAGCUACAGAACAUUUAUCUAAUCUCAUAGAAUGACCUUUUUCAUCAGUUUUUUCAAUUUUACAGAAACUUUUGGGAAUUCCAGAUCCAAAGAAGGGCAUGCACAGUUGGCUUUUUGAUUUUUCUUCCACACAGAUGGCACUAUGGGAUUUCCAACUAGAUUAUGCCAUUCCAUUUUAUUUUUUCUUUCCCCAGAAAACUGGACAUUGUCAAGAGAUCUUUAGCUUGAUUUACAUUUUUUCCACACUGACAGUUGUCAGCUUUGGUGUGCUUCUAUAUGAGACCUCAUUUAUUUCAGUCAGGUUCGGGUUGAUUUAUUUGUCUGGGAACUUAAGCUUUUAACUUUUCUUUCCUGCAAGUAAUAUUUUUCCUUGUAAUUGAGUAUUAAACAUUAUUGUUUUAGAGAACACAGGUUCAGAUAAUGGGAGUUUACAAAGAACAGUGUUUCAAAACAAAUGCUUUAGUUGUGAAAUUUCACUUCUCAGGGUGCAUCUGUAUUUAUCUCCUUUUUUUCCUUAAUGAUCCUUGUUUUUCUCUGUAAAUAGAAUGGGAUGUGGAUGAAGUGAUAGCCAUUGUGCCUUCGAACUGGUAAACUUGGUAAAUAAUACAGUUUCACAUCUACAGCAUCAGUGAAUCAAAUAAGAGGUUUUGUAAUCAUGUAUGUGUAAAGGAUUUCAUUCUCUAUUGCUUUUUAGGUAGUAUAAAGGAGGUUUAAAUUGAUGUUUUGUUCAUACUAAAGGAUUUUUUUUUUCUUCCAUUGUGCCUUCAGUUUGAAAUUGGUUUUGUCAGGAAUCCUCUUGUCACUUGAAAGAUAAAUUGAAGUCUGCUUUUUAUUUGGACUAUUUAAAACUCAGCUAUUGCUAACACAAUUAAUUCAAAUAGCUGAGAAAUAAUUGGGAAAGACUUCCAUCUGUAGUUGUGGACUUUAAACUUCAAACAGCGGGUACGAAGCUCUUUUAGCUGUGGCUUUACAGGUCUUCCAGCAAAGAGAGCAUAGAUAGACCAGACUUGACAUUUCUAGUAUUUCCAGAGCAAAGACAGUAACAUGCUUUUAGACCUUCCUUAUACAUCACAAAGAAGCAAAAAUAGAUCACCGUCUUCUUAGUUGUACUAUUUUAUACUUGUGUGUGUAUAUGUAUACAUGUGUAUGCAUAAAUUAUAUAUACACACAUGUAUGUGUCUAGGAUUUUUUUGUAUGUGUGUACAUACUUAUAAGUCUCAAAGUUUUUCAUGUAGGAAUUACUUUUAUGAUGUGAAUGUAAUAGCAAAGGGUGUUUCAUGGCAGUUCUGUUUUCAACUGUUGUUUUACUGUACCUAGAGACUGAGUUCCUCUCCACCCAUGCAGCAGGAAAAGCCUGGGCAGGAGGUGUGCUAGAUUUCCUGUGAUGCUUUGCCUAAGUGCCUUUUGGUUUGUUUACAUGUGAAAGGUAUUACAGGGUAUUGUAGAGUGUGAGUGCAAAGUCCAAUAACUACUGCGGACUGUCUCCUUGUGAAGUAGUCAUACAGAGGGAAACUUACUCCAGUUUUAUUUAAUCCAAACUGAAUGAUGGCGAUUCCUUAGUUGGAGGAAUUUAAUUAUUUUGGAAUUAGGUCAUCAUCUCCAACACUAGACCUUCCCUCAGUCAUGUUACCUAAAUUGUGCUUUUGAGGAUAUUACAUUUCCUUUUAUCUUGUCCUUUGAUCUUGUCUGUCUUUGUGAAGCAUUGUAAAAAAUGCGCUUUGGCAGCAAAUGUUAAAAAAUCCAUUGCAAACAUGUCCAAAAAAAAAAGAAAAAAAAAAAAAGAGGCUUGUUCUGAAGUGCUCCUGUUCUUAAACUAAAGAACUAAAGGGGAGCUUUCCAUACUAUCUGUAUGAAGUUGGUGUGGGAUAGCCUGUAGGCAGAGAUGUCACUCUUUUGGUAAUUUUAAAAUGAAUAUGAUAAUUUUAUCAUUUAAAGCAACUUCCCAGUUUUUAAAGGCUUCAGUUCAGUAGUGUCCUUCCUUGUAUUCAGAAUUCUGAGCUGUCUGACUAGAUAGCUCUAUGGAAAUAGAUGGGGUUUCUGUUAUUUAAAUUAUGUACAUGAUUAAGUACAUUAGUGAGCAGGACUUGCAUGGAAAACCAGUUUUGGGUAGGAGUUUGUACCUCUACAAUCCCUGUGUCCUCAAAAGUCCAAAUUACAUACCAAAAGAGGAGAAAAACAAAAAAAAAAGGAAGACUCUUGUUUCUGCUGCCUGAUUCUUUCAUUGGAGCUCUCAUGCCAACUUUUCCAGACACAAGAUGUAAUUUUGGUACACAGUGAGUAGAAUUCAUCUCACUCAAUGCUAGCUCUGUGAAAGUUAGACAUCUAGUUUAAGGAAGGAAUCUGGGCACCUCUAGAGAGCUAUUAAUCUCCUCAGAUAGAUAUUUAAGGAAAGUAGAAUGAAUCAUGUUCUAGAGAGCAUCUCUGGAGACUCUGGAAGCUAUGAUUUACCUUAGGUUAGAUAUGCGACUUCAGAAUACUAAACUGAGAUUAAUUCCAUCCAGUGCUCUACUACCUGUCCUGCAGUGGCAAAAAAAAAACAAGAUUGGAACAAUGUUCAUUCCCAAACCUCAAAUCUAUCCAAAAUCUGUCCAGAAAGAAGCAAAUUAAAGAGAUGCUGACAACUUGAAAAGUCCUUGUUUUAAAUGCCAGGAUCUACUUCUGCACCUGAGUCCCGUGCCAAUGUCUGUGGUGUGUCUCUGGGGGCUUGGGGCUUCUUGUUUUUUUGGUUGGGGUUCUUUUGAUGGAGCUGCAUCCCCUUUCCGUGUUGUGAAAUCUCAUGUACCUAACUGGCUAUAUGUAUAGUUCUGUGAAAUUAACAGGCAAAUGAAAUGAAUGUAUUGCAGCUGUUUUUAUAACCUUUCAUAUUGCUGUUAUGAAGAUUAAGACUAGUUUAA